CGAUGACAGUUGGAGGAACUUCAGUUGCCAAAAUAAACAAGUGUAUUUUUUAUCACGGAAAAUGCUGACGGACACCGAGGAUGACUUCUUCUUCGAGGAGGAUAAGAUGCCUGAACCCCUGCUCAUCCAGUUGGAUGGGGACAGUGCCCAGGCCGUCCGGCGGCACAAGGACUUUCCCGAGGAGCAGGGGCAACCCUCCGCCGCUCCGCUCGAGGCCACCGUUAUGCUCUGCUCCCCGGCGGGCUUUUGCUCCGAUCCCGGAUCCGGGGACAGGUUCGGCGUCGAGUCCGCCAAUAGGCAGAAAUAUGAGUUAGACCGUUUGGGGAUGACUGUCAGCACAAGUGCCGUCGUCAUUACCAAGGAUCAGAGUAACCUGAUUGGAAUUAGCAUUGGAGGUGGAGCACCCAUGUGCCCCUGUCUAUACAUUGUGCAGAUCUUCGAUGGAACGCCCGCCGCAAGGGAGGGAUCCCUGCAAUCUGGAGACGAAUUAUUGGCGGUCAACUCGGUGAGCGUGAAGGGCAAGACGAAGGUUGAGGUAGCCAAGAUGAUCCAGACGGCCACAGACGAGGUGGUUGUCCACUACAACAAGUUGCAUGCUGACCCCGAACAGGGCAAGACACUAGACAUCAUCCUGAAGAAGCUAAAGCAUCGGAUCGUAGACAAUUUGUCGAGCAAUACAGCGGAUACUCUGGGCCUCUCCCGGGCAAUACUCUGCAAUGACUCGCUGGUGAAGCGACUGGAGGAGCUCGAGGGCACCGAGUUGAUGUACAAGGGUCUGGUGGAGCAUGCCCGCCGGAUGCUCAAAGCCUACUACGAUCUCCUGCAGACGUACAAGUCCUUUGGGGACUGCUUCACCCAAAUAUCGGUCCACGAGCCACAACAGCGGGCCUCGGAGGCUUUUCGAACUUUUGGGGAGUUCCAUCGCACCUUGGAGAAGGAUGGUCUGGGGAUCAUCAAGCAGAUAAAGCCAGUGCUUGCCGAUCUGGGAACGUAUCUGAACAAGGCCAUCCCGGACACAAAGCUCACGGUACGUCGCUAUGCGGAUGCAAAGUUCACAUAUCUCUCGUAUUGCCUGAAGGUCAAGGAAAUGGAUGACGAGGAGCACGGCUUUGCUGCCCUACAAGAGCCACUUUAUCGCGUCGAAACAGGCAACUACGAGUACAGAUUAAUUUUGAGAUGUCGCCAGGAUGCACGCAGCAAGUUCGCCAAGCUCCGCACGGAUGUUCUCGAGAAGAUGGAGCUGCUGGAAUGCAAACAUGCCAUGGAUCUGAACAAGCAGUUAAGGAGCCUGCUGGAGAGUUUGGCGGAACUUCACCGAAGUUUAGUGGACCGUUUGGACUCGCUGCCGCCUCUGUUUCCCAUCGAAGUAGACUUCAAGGAGACGGACUUCCAGUACAAGUCUAGUACUCUGAAGCCGCAGGAGCUGGACGACGAUGAAAUAGAGGCCAACAACCAUUCCAAUUCAACCUCUUCCCACGUCGAUUGCGGAUUUGAGGCUGUAGAGCAGCCGGCGGCCAUCAUUAACGUGGAUGUAAAGGCAUCCGUGGAUUCAUCUGCUUCCCACUCCACCAGUGACAACGAAACGCUGCUCAAGGAACUGGGUCUGUACGAUGUGGACCUGCUGUCCAAUCCGCAGACCAUUAGCAACCAAAAGGACUCCAUUGCGGCCCAGAACGAUGGAUACGACUUCGACCUGUUCCUGAACCAGGCGACUGCAGCCACUACCAGCUUGGAGCGAGAUCUUAUGUCCUCGAAUGCAGAGGAGAUGGAUCUACUCUUGCAAUAAGCUUUUCUAGUACAAAUAUUUAAAAACGUGUUAGAUAAAUAUUAAAUGUUCCAGUAUUGAUAAAAAUAAUAUCAAAA